AUUUCUCUUUUCAACAAACAAACACACAUAUAUUCUCUCUCUCUAAUGGCGACAGCUGAGAAAAGCGGUGAAAUAGCAAUCAACAUGUCGGAGACAAAAGCCAGUACUAAAGGAAAAGCUCCAUUGUUAAACUCUUCCAAAGCUUUCGCCGUCGUCGAACCACCGAACCGAGGAGCCAAAAGAGGUAUCGCCAUUGGUGAUUUCUUUUUGAGACUAUGUGCCCUUGGAGCCGCCCUCGGUGCCGCUAUAUCAAUGGGGACCGCCGAUCAACUUCUCCCUUUUACAACUCAGUUCCUCCAAUUCGAAGCUCAAUACGAUGAUUUUGAUGCUUUCCGGUAUUUUGUGAUCUCACUUGCCAUGGUUACUGGUUAUCUUCUCCUUUCAUUGCCAUUUUCCAUAGUCUGCAUCAUUCGGCCACUUGCAACAGCUCCAAGGCUCUUCCUUGUCAUCUUUGAUAGUAUAAUGGGGGGUGUAACCAUAGCAGCAGGUUCAGCUGCUGCAGCAAUUGUAUAUGUGGCUCAUACAGGGAACCCAAACACCAAUUGGCUUCCUAUUUGUCAACAGUACGGUGAUUAUUGCCAAAGUGCAAGUGGAGCAGUGAUAGGUUCUUUAAUAGCUGGUGCAGUCCUCUUCUUUAUAGUUAUACUUUCAGCUUUUGCUCUUAAAAGAAGCUGAAAAAACCACUUCCCAUGGAAGUUAAGUUUCCAUUGAUUUAUGAAAAAAAAGCAUUUGAAUGAUUUCCUUUGCUUUUUUUGGUGUGUAAUCUUAUGUUCCCAACUUUCUUUUUAAAUGUUGAAUGUAAUACACUUUCAUUCUAUGUAAGUCCCUUUACUCUCUAAAAAUUUGAAUUCUAUCCCUUUGCUUUUUUA